CCCGAUGGAUACAGUUGUCAUUUUUUCACCCCAUUCAAGUGCUUCUAUAAAUCCCUCUUUUGACCUUUAAAGGUAGCCAAAGUUGUAUAUUGUUGCUUCAUUUGGGCUUCGCUUCACCAGCGAGCGUUUGAAGAGCGACGCCAACAUGGUUUUAAAGUCGGAAGACGGCGUCGGUGUCACUGAUGUCGUGUCUUCCUACAGUUUAUGUAGUUUGUGGCGUAUGUCCUGCAUCCAAAAACAGCUUCAGUUCAUUCCUCAUUCUUUCUUUCUGGCCACAUGUCUGCUGCUGUGCUGAGUUGAAUACACGUUGGACUUUCUGGUGAUGAAUGCCUUCCAGUCUCCGGGGGGAGUUCACCGUAACCGCUGGAUUAUAUCAUGCCACGCCGAGCUGGUUAGCCUCUGGGCCAGCUGCAGUGGCGAGGGACAAUUCUCGCUUUAUGAGUGGAGCCGGACGACCAAACACAUCAUUUUCUUUUCUUCCCAAACAAACUCUCUUGGCUUCGGGUCCUGGGUCUGCUGCCCAUGACGGCCCCGUGGGGUGACACUGGACCAGACCGAGAGGGCGGUGCAAGUUUAAUUUGUGGUUCUUUAGCAUGUGAUGACCACAACAACAUUUUUGUCUGUCCAGGCUCCUCAUUCUAAGAAAUUUUCUGGGUGGGGGGGAGCCAGAAGGCAGUGGGACCUGAGGCUCAGAGCGAGCUAAAUCUCAACACAUUUAACCAACGAAAAAAUGCACCUGCUACUGGAGGUACUACAGUUGCCAGAAUGUGGAUGCGUUCAAUUGCUAACUCUGCUAGCCUGGGGAAACUCACUCCAUUCAUUUUCCACUAAUUUGUGCCAUAACGAUAUAGAUAUUUCAAUAUUUACUCGUACUUUCCAAUUCAGUUCAUUUUCACUCGGUUUUUGUCAUAACUAUAGUGGACCAGGGUUAUUCGCUUGUAAUAGAGACCAAGCUGUCAUGGGGGGAAAAAAAUGUUAAAAAGUGAGAAUAAAUGGGGAAAUUACUGCCAAUAAGCUGUCUCCGCAAAAAAAAAAAUUAAAUAUGAAAAGAAAAUCAAUCAAAAUCAAAGAAUAGGUGAAUCUGCAGAUGACAAAUCAUGAAUUUGCGGUGGUCAACUGUCUAUAACUAUUGCAAUAAAGUAUUUGAUACCGGUACUACUGUGAGACUGAUUUUCAAUUAUUUAUAAUUUUAUAUUUUACAUAGGGAAAAAAGCCGAUCCAAGCUCUGUUGUAUUCCAACAAUGAAACGUUAACUAGUUUUAUAUAACCAGAAAAAAACAAACAAAGGCUGUGGAUCCUGGGACUCUGAGCUGAAGCCCCUCAUAUUGAAAUGUCCUUUGUUUAAAAAAAAAAAAAAAAAAAAGUAAAGUCAGUCAAAAAAUAAAACAAAAACCAAACUGCUGCUGGAAGUACUAAAGUUCCCCAAAUCCAGAUUGGUUGACCGGCUAACGGCCACCCUAGAGAACCUCACUCUUGUUAAUUUUCCAUCAGUAUGUGUUAGCUCUAGCGAUAUUUACUUUACUUUAAAGAAGUAUUGCUGUACUUCAAGCCUCACUCUUCAUUUGCAUGACAUUUUGUCGGAGCAGCACAGAGUACUUUCUCUUUUGCAGCCGGUUUAGGUGGCAAACGCCUUCCGAGUAGGGAAAUUCGUUAUACCUCCAUUACUCCAGGAUGGGAACGAUUUUAUGAGUGUUUAAUUAAUGACAUUCCACAUUCAGCUCAUGAUGCCCAACUCUAAGGUCACGGAGGGAGGAGAUAGACUAGAGGGAGGGGAGGUACUGGGCUGGGGGCGGGUGAUGUAAAAGGGUCUUUCCUCUCUCUGGCAGUCGCUCAUCGGUCCGUUCUCCUAUUCUGGAAUGAGUGCCUGAUGAGGCUGGACUGGAGUUCCUAACUUGAGGCCAUGGAUGUAACUCUCUUAGAAAGGACUGAAAGUCUUAAAAUGGACUGAUUAAAUCUAGAAUUAAGACAGGUGGAACGGAUUGGAGAGUUACUUUUAUAAUCAAUAUCCUCUCUUACUGUGCCUGAUGACCUCAGUCCAGAGGAGAGACAGGAGCUGGAGAGCAUCCGCCGCAGAAAACAGGAGCUACUGCAGGACAUACAAAGGUUGAAGAAUGAGAUAGCAGAGGUGACCAGCGAGAUUGACAACCUGGGCCUGACUGAAGAAAGGAAAAGCAUGCAGAGGAACAAACAGAUGGCCAUGGGCCGCAAGAAGUUCAACAUGGAUCCCAAGAAGGGGAUCCAAUUCCUGAUUGACUGCUCGUUGCUAAAAAACACCAGUGACGACAUCGCACGCUUCCUCUACAAGGGCGAAGGCCUGAACAAGACGGCCAUCGGUGACUACCUGGGAGAGAGAGAUGACUUCAACAUCGAGGUGCUGCACGCCUUCCUACAGCUGCACGAGUUCUCUGACCUGAACCUGGUCCAGGCACUGCGGCAGUUCCUGUGGAGCUUCCGGCUGCCCGGUGAGGCCCAGAAGAUCGACCGCAUGAUGGAGGCCUUCGCCCAGAGAUACUGCCGCUGCAACCCCGGCGUGUUUCAGAGCACAGACACGUGUUACGUGCUGUCCUUCGCCGUCAUCAUGCUGAACACCAGUUUGCACAACCCUAACGUGAAGGACAAGCCCUCCGUUCAGAGAUUCACAGCUAUGAAUCGAGGCAUUAACGACGGUGGAGACCUUCCGGAUGAGCUUCUUCGGAACCUGUUUGAAAGCAUCAAGAAUGAGCCCUUUAAAAUUCCGGAGGACGACGGCAAUGACCUCACGCACACCUUCUUCAAUCCCGACAGAGAGGGCUGGUUGCUCAAACUCGGAGGUGGACGGGUAAAAACCUGGAAGAGGCGCUGGUUCAUACUUACAGAUAACUGCCUUUAUUAUUUUGAGUUUACAACCGACAAAGAACCAAGAGGGAUCAUUCCCCUGGAAAAUCUGAGCAUUCGCGAAGUUGAUGACUCAAAGAAGCCGAACUGCUUCGAGCUCUUCAUCCCGGACCACAGAGAUCAGGUGAUCAAAGCCUGCAAGACAGAGGCGGAUGGCCGCGUUGUCGAGGGCAACCACACUUUUUACAGAAUCUCCGCCCCCACUGCCGAGGAGAAGGACGAGUGGAUUAACAGCAUCAAAGCCGCCAUUAGCAAGGACCCCUUCUACGAGAUGUUGGCCGCUCGCAAAAAGAAAGUUUCCUCGGUGAAGGGUGUGUAGUGCGCACAAACACAGACAGGUUAGACUGAUAAGUGCUGCUAGAAAAAAAUGGAGCUCAACCUGACAUCAAUGAAUCACUGUUGCACCUUCAUUUUUUUAAAUACAUAUAUAGUAUUUACAUGUUUGAGAACCACCCUCUCUCAUUUAGUUUGUUGCUUCUCCACGUGGGAAGCGGACUGAACAAUGUACAUCUCAUGAAAGACAAUGCAGAUAAUCAUUUGAGUCUGGCAUGCAAAAGAAGAAAAACUGGAUUUCUUUUCACAUUUUGUUGCUACAUUCCCACCCAUGCUUUCAAACAAAGCACAAUUAGUAGAAAUGAAGGUGAUCAAAGGCGUUGCUUGGUAUUUAUUUGUCCUUAUUUAUUGUUUUGUCUCAAUAAAAGUUUACAAUCAAGGU